GUACUCCCAGUAUGAGGGGAACUGUUUGUUAUAUUGCCCCCGAGUACGGCGGCGGCAGCGAUCUCUCAGAAAAGUGUGAUGUGUACAGUUUUGGAGUGUUGUUGUUGGUUCUUAUUGCAGGACGUCGCCCACUUCAGGUAUCUGGCUCACCCAUGUCUGAAUUCCAGCGUGCCAAUCUUUUAUCUUGGGCUCGUCAUCUCGCCCGAAGCAGAAAGCUUCUUGAUUUGGUUGAUCAGUCUAUUCAGUCUUUGGACCGAGAAAAAGCACUUUUGUGCAUCACGGUUGCUUUACAAUGUUUGCAAAAGUCACCUUUACGCAGGCCUUCCAUGAAGGAGGUGGUGGCAAUGCUUACAGGGGUCUCUGAACCACCGCAAUUACCAUCAGAGUUGUCUCCUUCGCCUCCCUCCCGGUUUCCUUUUAAGUCACAAAGGAAAGUCCGCUCCGCUGAAAAGAAACUAGCUCUGUUUAUCUACUUUCUGCUGGAUUGAAAGGACAUAUAAUUUAGUACCAUCGUGGUUAUGGCGUCCAGACAAAAAAGGGCAGCAAAGAAAGGACAUGUUGGAACACUAAUUGACUAAAUCCAGAGUUGUAUAAAGAGUCGCAAUCAAUGGGAUUUCAGGGAAAGUUUGCUGAUUUGCAUAACUCAGUAACCAGGCAAUGUCUGUUCAUUGCAAUAAUAUCAUAUGAAUCCAUAUUUUGGGUGACAUGAAAUCUGUUCAGCAGCAUAGUUUUGAGAUAUGUUCAUAGUCUGCAUAAAAACUUUCACAAGAGGACACUACUUUCCUUUCCUUUCC